UGAGUCGCGGUGGGCCGGGCCAGGCCGGUCCGGGCCGGGCCGUCAGGGCUGAGAAGGGGGCGUGACAGGUGAGGAGAGCGGUAGAAGAGAGAGAAAAAGGAUGGACUUCUUGAGAGUGCGUUCGCCAUGUGAAGGAGAGCAGAGAAAAGUAGGCUGUGAGGGUCGUUUUUAGCUAGUUAUCAUCGUCGUCCGGUUGUUUAGUUUCCGUGUUGUUGCGGGAGAACUCGUCACACUGUGUUCCGCGAGGCUUUAUUUAGUGAACGUUCUAUUUUUAAACCGACAGCGCGUGCACUUUAACGGAUCUCGGUAUAAGGAGCAGGGAGCAAACAACACGGAGAACUUUUUUUCUUUUUCUUUUUUUUUUUCUUUUUUUAAUAAAACACUUUCUGUUACCGAUAAGUAGUUGUACGUUAUUUCCUUCUUCUUCUUUUUUUUAAAUUUAAUUAAAUUUAAUUUUUUUUAAGUAUUUUUGUUUUAGUUGAACUUUUUAGUCUGUCAGGCUUGUAAACCCGUCGCCAUGGAGAGGUACGUCCGUCACUCAGCAACACAGGAGUACCCACAUCCUUUCAUUCACGAGGUGAAGAUGACGACGGCUCAGAGGAUCAGGGGCAUCAUCCUCGGCAGCGUCCUCUUCCCUGUCCGCAUCCUCCUGGCAUCUCUUCUCUUCCUCAUCAUGUGGCCUAUUGCCCGGCUGCGAUUGGCCGGCCUGUCCGAGGAGGAUCGCUCUCGACCGGUCAAGGGCUGGCGCCGCUGGCUCUUCCACUCGGUCAUCUUGUCGCUGAGCCGAGCCGUCUUCUUCUGCCUGGGCUACUUCUGGGUGAAGGUGAAAGGUCGCAAGGCGGACCUGAAGGAGGCGCCGGUGCUGGUGGUGGCGCCUCACAGCAGCUUUCUGGACAUGCUGGUUCUCUGUCCAACCGAGCUGGCGACGGUGGUGUCGCGGUCGGAGAACGCCAGCCUGCCGGUCAUAGGAGCUCUGCUGGAGUUCAACCAGUCUGUGCUUGUGAGCAGAAAGGAUCCGGAGUCGAGGAAGAAGGCCGUCGCCCAGGUCAGGGAGAGGCUGACCUCCAAUGGCUACUGGCCACAGAUGCUGAUGUUUCCCGAAGGAACAACGACUAAUGGCAGCGUCCUCAUCAAAUUCAAACCUGGUGCCUUCCUUGCCGGGGUGCCUGUCCAACCGGUUCUGUUGCAUUACCCCAACAAGCUGGAUACUGUUCGCUGGACGUACAAAGGAACAACCUGGCUUGAGGCGCUGUGGCACACAACCUCCCAGCUCUACACCAACGUGACUGUUGAGUUCCUGCCAGUUUACAACCCCUCCCAGGAGGAGAAGAAUGACCCCAACCUGUAUGCAGACAAUGUUCAGAAGCUCAUGGCCAAAGCUCUGGGAGUCCCAGCUACAGAUUAUGUGAUGGAUGGCCGAGUUCCCGUCAGUAAACUGGGCGGUCUCUCUCUCCCGGUGGAGUCACCUGCCAGGAAAACACUCUCACUGUUGCAAAGAAGUCUGGGAGCUGGUAACGUGGAAGCGGCACUGGGCAGAAUGAUUGACAGGUGUCAGACAGGAGCUCAGGGUUCAGCUCGGGCCAGUGUGGACGAGCUCGCCGACAUCCUCGGGCUGACGGACCGACAAGCAGCCGUCACCAUCUGUGGCCUCUACUACUUCAAGGAUGAAGUUGUGGACCUCCGACAGAUCUGUUUGAGCGUUGCCGCUCUGUCAGGAUUGUUCAGCUUCAAGUCGGUGCUCCACACUGCUUUUACUCUGUUUGACAGAGAGGGCAGAGGCAGCCUGAGUGCAGAGGAGCUGUCCGACCUGAUGGGGGCGCUGCUGGGUGUUCCUCAACGCAACACUGCCGAGCUUUACACUCAGGCGUCCAAUCAAGGCCAGCUUACUGAAGAACGUCUUCUGCAAGUGCUGACGACCCACCCGACGUAUCAGCGAGUGGCAAACGAGUUCAUGCAGUGCGACAACGCAGGCGCUCACCUGGCCAACGGGAAGGCCGAGAACAACAACGGCAGCAUGCAAAACGGCAACGGAUCUAUCCACUACAACAAGAAGUUCGAUUGAGGAUUUUUUUUUUUUUAUCGAUUCACGUCACUCUCUUUGCUUGGUUUGUUCUGUACUGUUCUGUGCCUCACAGGACAAACUGAAGCAGAGUUACACUUGACGAAUGAUUGUAUUUUCUUUUUUCUUUUUUCUUUUUUACAUUUGAGUGCGUUUUUGGAUGUAUGGAUGUAUUUUUACUCAAUAUUACUGUAACGUUAUACCACAAAACCAAAGUGUGUGUGUGUGUGUGUGUGUGUGUGUCGCCAGUGUGCCUUUUAAUUACCCUCAUGAUAUCUUGUUCCAGAUGCUGUUAAAGGACUCGACAACUUUUGUCAUUUGAAGCCAUAUAUUGUCUUAUUUAUAUUUAAAUUCCCUCUUUUGUAUACUUAAUGUUUUUUUCUGUGUUUUGCUUUUAACGGGACAAUCAUAAGUGCAAAAAGACUUUGUAAAUCAAAAUGAAUUUUAUGUAAAUUACUACUGCUCACGUUUUUGUGUGAACACCAGUUUUUAUAUUUAAAAAUGAAUUAAACUGUGAAUAAUUUUACGGAGA